CUCCUCCUUUCUCUAGUCGCCGCCGCCGCUAGCAUAGUUAGCAGUUAGCUUCCAACAGCUGUCGGUGGCACUCAGUCAGCAAGCCUAUCAGUCUGAGUGAUUGUGCUUCCUUUAGAGAACCGCUGUGUUAUUAUCUUCAGGAGCCAGUUGUUUUUCUUUCCUGAGGGUUUUCUGUGGUAUUAUAUUGUUGUCCUCGCCGUCACGAUAGACAGAAGUCCUGGGACAUGGCCAGACAAGAACAAGUCCUGGUGCUAGAGCCGCAACAGGAACUCAAAUUCAGAGGCCCAUUUACAGAUGUUGUCACCGCCACGCUGAAGCUCACUAAUCCCACAGACAGGAAUGUCUGUUUCAAAGUUAAGACAACCGCACCUCGCAGAUACUGUGUGCGUCCGAACAGCGGCAUCAUCGACGCUGGAACCUCCAUAAAUGUUUCUGUCAUGCUGCAGCCGUUUGAGUACGACCCCAACGAGAAGAGUAAGCAUAAAUUCAUGGUGCAGUCCAUUCUGGCUCCCAGAGACAUGACCGACAUGGAAGGAGUUUGGAAAGAGGCCAAACCUGAGGAGCUGAUGGAUUCAAAGUUAAGAUGUACGUUUGAGAUGCCUCUAGAAAAUGACAAAACUCAUGAGAGUGAAAGCAUCAAACCUGUGUCUUCCUCUACCUCUGUUAAGACUGAGCACUCUGCGCUGCCCAAGUCAGCCAGCGCCUCCCUGGAUGACGGGGAGGUGAAGAAGAUCAUGGAGGAGUGCAGGCAGCUGCAGAUGGAGGUGCAGAGGCUACGAGAAGAAAACAAACAGAUCCGGGAGGACGACGGUGUGCGGAAGAGAAAGAUCACACCGAUGGCUGCUUCUCACCCCAACCCCCUGGCUAGCACGGCCAUGACGAAGGAUGAAGGCUUGAGCACCCGCAUCCUCGCAUUGUGCUUGCUCUUCUUUGUGAUUGGAGCCAUCAUUGGCAAGCUGGUCCUUUAGAGACACAGACUGAGCACAGUGACGGACGGAUGGACGGACGCAGGAAUGAAGGGACGGACAGCGUGUCUUAAAGGGCACGUACCAAUGACGGCAACGGGGAUGUCUGCUGGGUUUAUGUUGAUCUGUUUGCUUGUUUUCUUAACAUUUAAAGCUACUAGCCAGGGGUUUUCUUCCUUCAACAACAAUUGUGCAAUCAUGAUAAAAACACAGCUGAGGAAAAACAAAAAAAAAAAAGUAUAAUUUUCCACUGCUGGACUUCACAAUUUUUUAUUUUUUUUUUUAACUGUGCGACUGAAGUAACCCCAGGCAAUAAGGGUUGACGUUAGAGCCGCUGGCUUUAGUGAACGCUGUGGUGAUCGGGCAACACUUAGCAGACUUUAGGUUUAAAUUCAGGCCCAUAGUGACCUUCUCCCUGAGGAAUACAAACAAGAUAAGAAAACUAAAUUGAAGGUUAGGCUGGUGGAGACGGCGUUUCCAUGACUCCCUUGAUGGACGCUGCCGUCGAUGGCGAUCCAUCGAUCGUCUUUAGAGGUUAGUGGCGGUUAAUGCUGCUUAAUUGGUACGGAUCUAUUUAUAUUGUAGUUCACAUUUUUUCCAAUCGAUAGGUUUCAGUGCAUGUCAGCCAUUCGUAAAAUGAGUCAAUGCCUCGACUAGUAUCAUGACAUGCUGUAGGAGAGCAUGCAGUGUCUGAAAACACAAGCCAACCCAACAUAGUUUACAGACAAAUAUACUCACAUAAGCUCUUUGCUGGCUGGAAUUUAAUUUUUUUUUUUUCUUUCUUCUUCUUACCUCUGGUGUUUAUUGAAAUUAUGGUGUUAGGCUGUACUUUAACAAUCAUAAUGGGACUAACUAGUAGAGCCAGGCUGAUCAUAAUCUGUCUUCCUGGUGAUUCAUCGCUAUGGUUUCUCACCGUGAUGUUUGCAUCCGAUUCAACAGAUAACUUUCUCCCAGCUUUUGAAGAAUCUAAACGAAUUUGGCGGCUCCAGUUCUGGUGGUACAACCCUUACUGGUUUAGCUUGGCCUGGGUUUGUUUUCCACACCUCCCUGCAACAGCUCUUUACUGCGACUUCAGCAGGAGAGGUGUUAUCCCGAGUCAACUUCCCACCGCAGCUGACUUCUUGAAGCAACCCUGCUGUAUUACUGCCAACGGGAUUCUGUCAGAAAUGUUACGAUAGCUUCUAAACUGUUGAUAUAUAGCAGAAGUCACCUAAGAGUGAUUUCUAAUUUAAGAGGUGUGUGUCUUCACCCGUCAGGUGACAGGGGUUCAGUCCCUGGCAGGGCCGCUUGAUAAAACAUAAUAAAUAUAGAGUGUGUGUUAAAUAAGUAUAGCGUCAAGAAUAUUCUCUGCUGAACCUCAUACAUUUACUCUCUGCCCACUAACUUACACAAUUUUGCAGCAGCAACAGCAUUGCUAAAAAAAAAAUUCUUAAAUGUUUUUUAUAUUCUCUCUACAUCGUCAGUAAAACUUCUGAUUCUGGUGGUGAGAAAUGCAAACUUUCAGGACUGUUUUUCUCUCCCGUUGCCAUGGUGAAUCGCGUUAUUUGCCUCCCAUUGAUGCGGUCUUUGCCGUUUAGCCGCACUCGCGCUUAACUCAGGGGUAACUUGGCUCAGAAUUGAGUUGCCUAGUUGAUAUCUCCUGCUCUGAAACUGAAAACCCCGAGUAUCACCUAUCUGGGUAGGUUUGUUCAGAGCACCUGCCUUCUGCUCAGGGCUCGUCCACCCUGCUUCCUGAAACGGGGCCCUCCAGGGUAAAUUUGUGUUGUGAAGUCACCAGCAGAGGAAGAAUUUUAUUAUACGUGAUCUCCAAAGGAUUAGAAAGAACGAUGUUAUUAGUGGCAAACUAUAAAGUUUGUAUCUAAGGGGAGUUAAGUGUAGAAGGUAAACAAAGGCCCGGUUAAACCACAAGGCUCAGCGUUUUUUUUUUUUUUGUCGCCGGCUUUAUUAUUUUCUUUUUUUUGUUCCCUGCUUUUGAUCUUUUCUCUCCGUCCAUCUCUGCUUCCUAAAAGGACCUUCCCCAUCCUUGCUGUAGUGUGUGGAAGUGGCUUCACGCUGGCUGAAUGUUUAGUCUUUCAAUGAUUCUGAAAGUUUCUCACUGGCGUGUCUUUACCUCCGUUAUCAUGUCUCUUCCACUCGUUAUUGAUGAUCUGACAGGACAGAAGAACAAAAUUAAUCAUGGAAAGACUUUUUGUUCUUUUUCCUGAAUGCAAACCUUGUGUCUUGUCUUCUAAAGAGUGACGUGAAAAAUGAUAUAUAUAUAAAUAUAAAUAAGUAUACUGUAUGUAUGAGCCAGUAGGAGCUGUGUGUGUGUGUGUGUGGAUGUUUUAAUUUGAUGGGGCUGCAAAGAGUUUCCUGUUUGUAACAGAAAAUGGGGAAUGUUCACUGGAAAAAAAAAAUUACAAUUAUUACUCAUGUUGCUCUCUGUCCAGAUCAAGAAUCUGCUCAAUCGAAUUAAAUCUUUGGGCCACUAAUAAAGUUAUCACUUAAUAAAGGAUUGUGAUGAUUAACUUAAGAUGUACGGUGAUCUAUUUAAAAAAUAAAAAGCGAAGCUAUAAAUUAGUUUGAUGUCUAGAAUCGGUUCUGAAACAGUUUCAAUCCACAGCAGGUCCUGCAGACUCAGCUGAUGCACUUCUAGGAAAUCCAGAGUUAAGAAAAUCAGUUUUGUCCACCUUUGCUUUGGUUCUGUUUUUGUGUGUGUGUGUUAUCGAAGUUAUUUUAUGAUCUCCAAAUAUACUGCAGCCUGUAUGAAAUAGCCUGAAUUACGAUUGCUGUUUUAUAGUUAUUUAUUAAGUUUGGAAAUUCAAGCAAGGCCUGUGUUUUCAAAAGGGACCAGUUUAGUCUUGGGGUUUUAUCGGUUGAACUGUUUUGUUUUCUUCAUCUCCUUGUUUCUGUUUCCCAUCCGGCUCCGGUUGGUGGUAACCGCUGCUUCGUGUCGACCAUCAUGCACCCACCUUUAUAAAUCAGUUCUGUUUCAGGAAAAAUAAAGAGAAAUGUGUCUUUUUUUUUUUUUUUGCCUAAAAGAUGGAGGUGCUGCGGUAUUUGGGGCGUGGCCGUCUGUGGGGACUGACCUGUUAAUACGCACUACAUUAAAGGAAAUAAUAAUAAAAAAAAAGGUAUUUGCGCUUUAGACCACUCCUGCAUUGGUGCAGUCACAGCAGUGUAAUCUCACAGUCAUCGGAUACUCUUUUGUAUGUACAUAUAAAUACUCAAAACAUGUAGUAAAGCAAGAAAAGAACUGAAGAGCCACCAUGGAUCAUGUAGCAUCAUAAUAAAUUACAGUAAUAAACUCC